UACAAUAUUAUUAUUAUUAUUAUAUUCAUUAUUACAAGUCAUUACUGCAAAAUAAAUACUCAGAAGAGAUGGUAAAUGCGUGGUAUAUGAAUGAUAAUGACGCCGAAGAUCAACGAAGUGAACGCCAUUUGUCGCCCAAAGAGUUUGUAUCGUUGGAUGAGUUGAAACAAAAGACUGGAGUCUUAUAUUUUGAGAUCGAUGCCGACAAUUACGAAACGGAAGGAAAGUUGUCUAAAAUACGUACGGAUAGAGGCUAUACAUACUCAGAUCAGUUGGAAGUGUCACCGAAAACUUUGGACAACUAUUUAGCAAAAAUCAAGUCAUUCUUUACGGAACACAUCCAUUCGGACGAAGAAAUUCGUUUCAUUUUGAAUGGCAGCGGAUAUUUCGAUGUCAGAGACAAUCGUGACAAAUGGAUCCGCAUUUUGGUCCAAAAGGGUGAUCUACUGAUACUUCCGGCCGGUAUUUACCAUCGAUUCACACUCGACCAUAACGAUUAUAUAAAAGUGAUCCGUUUGUUUGUUGGCGAACCCGUUUGGACACCAAUUAACCGACCGGCCGACGAACAUCCGGCACGAGUGGACUUUCUGAAACAAUACCCGAUUGAGGCCUAAAAAGUUUUAUAAAUUAUCACAAGUUUUUCAACAGUUUUUUUUUUUAAAUAGACUUUUAGUUAGGUUUUGAACCGUAUUUUUCUCAAAAGAAAUUUUUUUGUUGUUGAGCUCAACGUUUUAACAAAAAAUAAAAUAAAAGAUCAUUUGUA